AUGCUUAAUAAAAGAAUAGGAAUAAGCAUAUUGGAUUGUGACUUUAUGAGGUUAGAAGAUGAGCUUGGGGAGAUGAUGGAGAACGGAGUGACGAAUGUUCAUAUUGAUGUUAUGGAUACCAGCUUUGUGGGAAACCUUACUUUUGGUCCAUGUGUGCUUAACAGGAUUCUGAAGCAUGAGUUUGUGUUUGAUAUUCAUAUGAUGAUUGAAGAUCCGAUAGUGCUUUUGCCUUUGAUUGAUUUGAGCAAUGUGUUUGUGGUGACGGUGCAUCAAGAGGCAAGUGGUAAAAAGAAAGCGAUUGAGUAUUUGAGAGAUAAUGGAGUGAUGGCAGGGAUUGCUAUUAAUCCAGAAACACGGGUAGAGGAAGUUGACCUGAGUGAUGCAGGAUUUUCUCUUGUGAUGACUGUUAAUCCUGGAUUUGGAGGACAACAGUUCAAGAGUGAAUGUGUUUGCAAGAUAGAUCAGAUUAAGAAGCAAGGAAAGCUUGUUGGAGUUGAUGGAGGACUGAAUGCAAGCAAUAUUGCGAUGGUUAAGGAUGCAGACUAUGUAGUUGUGGGAUCUGGAUACUUCCGGGCUGAGGAUAGAAGAGAGUAUCUUACCAAGAUUAGAAGGCCGUUUUUGGGAUGA